AUGCAACACGGUAUUAAAAGACAACAUUUAACUGAAAAUGCAAAACAAUUAAAACUUCAAAAAGAUGAAAAGAAAAUCAUCAAUUAUCAACAAUUAACAAACUAUAUAUUACAACUACGUGAUAACGAUACUUAUACUCAAGAUGCAUUCAAUGAUACUACCAAUUUGUUAAUCCUCAAUCCUGAAUUCUAUACCAUCUGGAACUAUCGUCGAGAAAUUUUACUUCAUUUAUAUAAAUCAGACCAGGGGAAAGUUAACGAUAUUGACACCUAUGCCCAAGUAUUGACAGAUGAUUUACAAUUUGUUCUAAGUCAAUUAAAGAAAUAUCCUAAAUGCUAUUGGAUAUGGAAUCAUAGAAGCUGGUGUCUCUUUGAAUUAGUAGAGAUAGAUCGAGUGAGCUGGGCUUAUGAAUUUGGCGUGGUUUCGAAAUUACUUGAAAUGGAUCAACGAAAUUUUCAUGGUUGGCAGUAUAGACGAUUUGUAGUUGAGAAUAUCGAAAGAGAAGCCAUUAAGAAAACAGAACCAGGGAAAGGAAACAUCGCAUUACUUAAGAUCAACCUAGAUGAAUUUGCUUAUACUACUUCCAAAGUUCAGAAAGAUUUUUCCAAUUUUUCAGCAUGGCAUAAUAGAGCAAAAUUAAUACCUAAAGUAUAUGACCUAGUUCAUAGUUUGACAGAUGGAAUUCCUGAAGAAUACCAAGAACAAUGUCAACUCUUUCAAGAUUCAUUUUCGAUUUUGCAACAUGAUUUGGAUAUGAUUAAGACGGGAAUAUAUAUGAGUCCAGAAGAUACUUCAGUUUGGUCUUAUUUAUAUUGGUUAUUAACCGAUGAAUUCUUCAUGAAAGGAUAUAAAGAAGUUGGAUCAUAUUUAAAGGUAUUAGAACAGCAAGUCGAAGAGAUCAGCGAACUUAAUGAAUUGGAAAAAGAGGAUCAUAAUGGAAUAGAUAAUAUAUGGUGCUUGAAGAGUAUCAUAUUCAUCAAGGCAUUAAUACAAAGAGAAAAAAAUGAACCGAUUUUAACUGACUAUAUCAAAGAGUCAUUGAAAACAUUGACAGAGAUAGACCCAUUAAGAAAGGGAAGAUAUUUAGACCAACUUCUGGGAAAAGCUGCCAUUCUCUAA